UGCACGUUCCCGCGCCCCUUGAUAUUCCUGCCGUCCUCCAGCAGGCUCCGCCGUGCCCGCCGCCUCUCUGCAGCCAUGCCCGCCGAGGAGGAGGCGGCUGCCGGCCGGCAGGAUGCGAUCAGGGCGGACUGCACCGAGAUGGGGGACCGGAAAAAAAGGGAAAUGAAGGGCGACGUGGAGGCUUCGCCGGCGCCCACGCUCGGAGAGCCCGCCAUCCAAUGUCAGGACGUGUGUCGCUCGUAUGGAAAACUGAAAGUUCUCAACAAUCUCAACCUCACUCUGCCACAGGGACAAAUUUACGGCCUUCUGGGCCCCAGCGGCUGCGGCAAGACCACCAUGCUGAAAUGCAUCGUGGGAACGCUCAACAUCUCCCGGGGUCGCAUCAGCGUGCUGGGGAAGCCGCCGGCGUUUCCCGGCCACGGCGUGCCGGGAAGGAUGGUGGGGUACAUGCCCCAAGAGCUGGCCUUGUACAACGAGUUCACCAUCAGCGACACGCUCACCUUCUACGGACGAAUCCACGGAUUGACGUUGAGGGAAACGCAGGCCCGCAUGAGCUUCCUCAUCGAGUUUUUGGAUCUGCCGCAGAAGGACCGACUGGUCCGCAAUCUCAGUGGCGGCCAGAAGCGAAGGGUGUCCCUGGGCGCGGCACUGCUCCAGAAGCCCGAGCUGCUCAUCCUUGAUGAACCCACAGUGGGUGUGGACCCCGUGCUCAGGGCCAAGAUUUGGCAACAUCUGGUGGACAUCGUGAAGGAGGGCAAAGUGUCCGUCAUCAUCACCACGCACUACAUCGAGGAGGCCAGGCAAGCCAACGUGGUGGGCCUGAUGAGGAACGGCUGCUUGCUGGCUGAAGGAACUCCAGAAGCAGUCAUGAAGAUGCACAGCUCCUCCACUCUGGAGCAUGCCUUCCUGCAGCUGUGCGAGACCUCCGACCAGACGUGCGUCCAGCGGGGCACCGGUUCCCAAGACCACGCCUUGGGGAACAGCCAAUCGUUCGAGAGCGGGCGGGACGAAAGCCGGCCCAUUCUCGUCGACGUGCCCAAAGCCGCCGCGGAAGUCGUCAGCCAUACAGUGGACUGGAAGGUGCGAGUCAAACACGUGAUUCCCAAGUGGAGGAACAUCGCCGCCCUCACCAUCAAAACCCUGCUGCGGAUGAAGAGGAUGCCAGGCUCCUUGUGUUUCCAGUUCUUGCUGCCCGUCAUCCAGAUGUCGCUCAUCUGCUUGUGCGUCGGAGGAGACCCGAAGGGGAUCCAGGUUGCCGUGGUCAACAACGAGACCUCCACCAUCGCUUUCAGCCCAUCGCUGCUCUCCUUUUUAGACAACUCCAGUGUGGAGCAGGUGAGCUUGUCUCAUGCGGAGGCCUUCCAAGGGAUCAGUGACGGCAAGUACUGGGCCGUCAUCGGCUUUAGCAAGAACUUCAGCACAUGCCUCAUAAAUAGAAUGUUACAGAAGAAUGUGUCCAGGGAGACAAUAAAUGGAGGUUCUGUGCACGUCUGGCUGGACCAGACCAACAAACAGAUUGCCUUGAUGCUGCAGCAGAAACUGUACGAGGCCUUUCAGGCUUUUGUGGAGAACAAACUUGGCGUCAUGGCCUACAUGUACGCCUUGCCCAUAAAGUUUGAAGAGGCCAUUUACGGCAGCCAAAACACAGACUUUACUACAUUUGUGAUGCCGGGCGCUGUUCUCAGCAUCGCCUUCUACUUGGCCUUGGGCCUGACCGCCCUCUCCUUUGUCCUGGAGAGGAAAGAGGGCCUUCUGGACCGAUGCUGGGUCGCAGGCGUGAGCUCGCUGGAGACGAUGCUGGCUCACCUUUUCUCGCAGCUGCUGGUCAUCAGCGUCCAGAUUGUCCUCAUGCUGCUCUUCGUCCUGCUCGUCUUCAAGAUGCCGAACGAAGGCUCCCUGGUUCUCAUCGUGCUGCUGAUCGUGCUGCAGGGCAUCACCGGCAUCUCCUUCGGCCUCGUCAUCUCCGCCGCCAUCGACGACGAGCAGAACGCCAACCAGGCCGCGCUCGGACUCUUCUACCCCAACCUCAUCAUGAGCGGUAGGACGUAUCAUUUGGCCGGUGGAGUGUAUCCCCUACCCGCUACGCUACCUCAGCCUGGCGCUGCCCCAGACCUACGCCUCCGAAGCACUGCGAUGCAUCAUGUACAGAGGUUGGGGUCUGACUCACAUGAUGGUUUGGCGAGGCUUCGUGGUCACUCUGGGCUGGAACACGUUCUUCAUCGUCGUGGCAACCCUCAUCUUGAAGUUCAGGAAGUGAACACAUGGGCGCGCAGAAUGCAUGCACUUGCUGCCCAUGCAAAAGGACAAUGUACAUACAUAUACGUGGCACUACAUCAAGGGUGGGCAAAAUAUGGCCGCCUCUGUUCUUUAUUACGGCCCAUUGCGCAUUUACAGUACAUGAUCAAAAAUUCCUGGAAUGUAGCCGUUUUUUUUUUUUAAAUCUAAAUAUGGUCAAUCAAAAUUUUUAGUCAUUCAUCUCAUUAAAUAAACGAGUUACUUCAUUUGUUUUAAAUACAAUUUUAAAAAGUGAAACGAAAUCGCAUGUUGUCACUGUCGGGCAGAAUCCUCACAUCUCCAAAAUGACGACUUUUCAGGAAAUAGAAAAAAAAUCUAUCAAACACCGUAACGUUCAAGUUGGUAUUAUACCUUAUAUUGCUGUCAUAUACUGUUGCGCAACGACAUCAACAUAACACCACCAAAAUUAUGUCCAAUCUCUAAUUUAAUUCAGCCCCCCCACCCUCACCCUCAAAAUAAAAUCAAAAAUGUAUUACGGCGUUAUUGAUUCAAUUAGUUUGGACAUUUUUAACAAAACAAGCCUACUCAAAUGUAUCUCACCUAUUUUCUGAAAACAAAAUCAUCCAGACUUCCAAUCUUGAGGCGACACAAUGCCGCACGGCUCCCGCAGAGUGUUUUUUAACAACACUUCUCCGACAGGUCAAGAGACUUCAUAGAUUUAUUCUCAAGCUACUUACAAGCCUUUAAAUUGGUUAAUAAUGUUUAAAAAUAACAAACAAUAUGAGGCAAACCAAUAUCAUUGAUUUGAAAUUGACAUACAUUUUUGCCCGACACUGAUGACAUAAUGUACAUUUAAAACCUUUAUAUUUUAUUAAAUAAUUAUAAAUGAAACAAUUAUAAAUAUAAUGUGGAUUCUUUGAAAUUCAAUUAAUUAUAAAUAAAAUAAAAAAUUAAGAUGUAUUAUUAUAUCAUUAUUAAAGCCAAACUAUUUUAUUUGUUGUCUUAAUUUAGCCAGUUUUCCCUAAAAUUGGUUAAUUAAAAUCCAUGAUUUUAACAUAAACAGUGUUAUAUAGCCUAUACAUUUUUAUGUAUUUGAAUAAUUAAACAAAUGAAAAUGAGACUAAAUUAUUAUUUUAUUAUGAACAAAAAGUAUAUUACAUAGCUACAUUUUUAACUUGUCUGUUAUAAAAAAAAGUCCAAUGUGUUUGCCUAGCCCUGUUCUACAUGCAUCUGGUUAACCCACCCAAAAAUAAAAAAUUUUUUAAAAAACAAUAAAAAAUACGGAGCACAUGCAACAUAAGCAGUCCAAAGUUGUUGAAUAUAUGCUGACUAUACAUGUGGGAAAUUAGCUCGUGUUCAUGCCGUAUUUUCUUCGUGUGACCUUUACUUAUGGGGCGGGGGGGAAUGUGAAAUUCUAUUGUAUUUCCUUUUUUUUAUUUUUACAUGACUGCAUUUUUUUUAUGCUUUUAUUCCACUUUGCUGGACAGAGUGGACGCCACCCCCUCAGGCCCCAUGUGACGUAAUCACGUGACAUCAUCACGUGUUGUACAGUAUACGCAGCAAACAUCCAUCACACUUUUGUUGUUUGUUGUUCGUCUGAUCGAUCUUUAACUUACAAUUCAAUAAAAUCACCAAAGUUUACAAAUU